AUGUCGAAUUCUCACGCUCGUGAUGGGGCCUUCAACCUCACGUCGCCACGCUCCUCCAACGGGGUGGCAGACUCAUUCAAAGGAACACCCGACACGCGCCUCACGGCAUUCUCCCCCGAGGAUGGAUCGACCAAGUCUCUCCGUGCUCCUCAUUCCGUUGGCAUCAACGGUCGGGAAUCUGGGCCUGUCAAGUUCAAUGUCAGCACGCCGGCAUCGCUCAACCUACCUCGACGAGAACCCUUGUUCCCCAGAGACAACAACGUAGAUAGGGACCCCUUCGUUGGUUCUGGUGGUCCCAGUUCUCGAAUCACCCGCAAGCUUUCACCCACUGCCGAUUGUUUUGCCCCUCUAUCAGGGUUUGCAGGUACCCAUGGCAGCGAGCCCGAUCUGUCGUGCGUCAAGAAUGAAGACGGCGAUGAAGUCCACGACAUCUUGCAGAACUCUGCCAGUGACCGAGGUACCAAUUUGUUCGUUCAUUCUUCUCUGAGCACGGAUCUAGGUCUCUCACGAUGUGUCAUUGUUGCAACGACUGCUCGUGGAGGCAGCGUCCAGAUCGUCGAUGUGGAUCGCUACAUAUCUGUUUUGCGACAGCGCGGACUUGAAGUCCAGUCAUCUAAACAAUUCUAUUCCUAUGGCGACAAGGUGUACGUUCGCUUCGCCAACAUCCGGGAUGCAUGCCUGUUCUCCCAAAACGCAAAGUUUGGCGGCCACGAAUGGCUGAUCAACUACAUUCCUCCCCGGGAGUUCUCUCAAGUCGUGGAUCCCACAUCGGGUUUGAUCACUGCACAUGAAGCCCAGCUCACCUUGACUGUCUUCGGUCCACAGACAUUGCAAGCUUUCGACUUGAGUCAACUGCCCGACCUGUUGCAGAGCAUCCUUGCAACUCAGGGAGAUCUGUUCGCUUUCAAGGUCCAAACAGGUGGACCGCAAGGCAAUGUUCUGUCUGCAAUAGUCGAAUAUUGCGACAACGAUGUCUCACUGAGGGCUGUGUCAGAGUUGAACGGCAAGGUUCUAGAUGGAUUCCAGAUACUUAUGACGCUUCAUCGACCUGAUAUCCCGAACACGACUGCGAUGAGAAACGAUCGAAUUGUCAGCCCUGGUCGAAGUGUAUCUACCCCAUCCGACCUGGCUACUGACUUCCAGCGGAUCUCACUCGCACGGCCAGCAUCCUCGAUCUCUUCGGUUCCGGCUGGAUACGUUCACACUCCUGCAAGAUCUAUCACAGGCCCUGGAUUUUCCGUGCAGCCUUCGUUUGGAAUGAUGCCACUCAUGUAUCAAGGAAUGCCCAUGAGUCCUCAGUACAUGUUCGAUCAAAUGGCGCCGCGAGCUCAUGGCAUGUUUCCCACUGGUAACUACUCCCUGGGCGGACCUGUGUAUCAUCAACAAUCGAUGAUGGGCCAUGAUUUCAUGGUUCCCCGACAGUUUUCUUUCAACCGUGGUGAAGGCCGCCGACAGAAUGCAGUCCGAGUUCAUAGAGCGCCUUAUCAACACCACAACAUUGGUGGCCAGCACAACCACGUCGAUGUUAACCGCAUCCGUGAGGGCAUUGAUGUCCGAACCACUAUUAUGCUGCGUAACAUCCCGAACAAAGUCGAUCAGGCUAUGCUGAAGCGCAUCGUGGACGAGUCCAGCUGGGGCAAGUACGACUUCAUGUACUUGCGGAUCGACUUCGCCAAUGAUUGCAACGUCGGAUAUGCAUUCAUCAACUUUGUCGACCCCUUGGAUAUCAUCGACUUCGUAAACAAGCGCGGAAACCAGAGAUGGAACUGCUUCAAGAGCGACAAGGUGGCCGAGAUCUCAUAUGCCACAAUUCAGGGCAAAGACUGUUUGGUGCAGAAAUUUCGCAACAGCUCAGUCAUGCUCGAGGCUGCUCACUACCGCCCCAAGCUCUACUACACGAUCAACGGCCCUAGACCUGACAUGGCUGGCCAGGAAGAGCCUUUUCUUGAGCCUGACAACCAAUCGAAAAUGAAGCGAAGUUGCGAGAAUGCAGAGCAUGUCGGUCUCUUUACGCCUAAUGCUGGACAGCAUUUCCGCGAUGAGCAGAGGCGCCGAAGAUCCCAAUAUGACCGUGGUACUCGGCUCGCAGCCAUGGAGGAGUAUGACUUCGACUCUUCCUUCACUCCGCAUCACUUUAUCCAGUAG